AAAGAAAAAGAAAAAGAGAGAGGAGAAAAAAAAAACAACAAGAAGAAAUACACAGAAACUCAUCGUGGUUGCUGGCUGGUUUUUUUUUGGUGCGUUCUCGUUGCUGGUGGUGGUAUUUCCCCGUACCGGAGAAUAGGAGAACUCUGUAAGUGGGUGGCAAAAAAAAAAAAAAAAAAAAAAAAAAAAAAAAAAAAAAAAAAGACUCUUCUUCACUCUAAAUCACUUUUUCUUUUGCUGGACUGGGACACUGGGAUAUUAAAUAUACGGCACAUCCAGGAGUUUAUUGGAGCGCAGACUGAUGGCGCAAAGGUACGAUGAGCUGCCCCACUACGGCGGGAUGGACGGCGUAGGGGUGCCGGCGUCCAUGUACGGGGACCCGCACGCCCCCCGGCCGAUCCCCCCGGUGCACCACCUCAACCAUGGGCCGCCGCUACACGCCGGACAGCACUACGGCGCCCACGCCCCGCACCCCAACGUCAUGCCGGCCAGCAUGGGCUCCGCUGUCAACGACGCUCUGAAGCGGGACAAGGAUGCGAUCUACGGGCACCCGCUGUUUCCCCUCCUCGCUCUGGUCUUUGAGAAGUGCGAGCUGGCGACCUGCACGCCCCGGGAGCCCGGCGUGGCCGGCGGGGACGUCUGCUCCUCCGACUCCUUCAACGAGGACAUCGCCGUCUUCGCCAAGCAGGUCCGCGCUGAAAAACCACUUUUUUCUUCAAACCCAGAGUUGGACAAUUUGAUGAUCCAAGCAAUACAAGUACUAAGGUUCCACCUCCUGGAGUUAGAGAAGGUUCACGAAUUGUGCGAUAACUUCUGCCAUCGGUACAUUAGUUGUUUGAAAGGAAAAAUGCCAAUAGACCUCGUUAUCGAUGAAAGGGAUGGCAGCUCCAAGUCAGACCACGAGGAACUCUCAGGAUCUUCCACAAAUUUAGCUGACCAUAAUCCUUCAUCUUGGAGAGACCACGAUGAUGCAACCUCAACGCACUCAGCAGGCACACCGGGGCCCUCCAGUGGGGGCCAUGCUUCCCAGAGUGGAGACAACAGCAGUGAGCAAGACUGCCAGCCAAAUGAACACUUUAGGAGGAGGUGCAUAUAUAUGUCCACAGCACCCAGCGAGUUAAUCCACCCUACUGUGCAUAGGUGUUGGAGCUCAUAUGGGGAUGGUUUAGACAACAGUGUAGCCUCACCUGGUACUGGGGAUGACGAUGACCCAGAUAAGGACAAAAAGCGACAGAAGAAAAGAGGCAUUUUCCCCAAAGUAGCAACAAAUAUCAUGAGAGCAUGGCUUUUCCAGCAUCUCACAGUAAGUGGUGCCCAAAACCAGAACAAAUUUCUGUUCAUUUACCUAAUGAGGUUUAUUCAUCAUUAUUAGAAAUGAAUUGUCUCC